CUUCCGGGAGCGUUGCUAUGGCGGCGAGCGCCUUCGGCGGCGUCGUGGCCGCGCUGGAGACGCAUCGCGGCCGCGACCGGGCGGUCCGUGCGCUCUGCUAUGCCUGUCAGUUGGCGGGCGGGGCGCUGGCCAGGCCGCAGGCCUCGCCAUCCGGGCUGCCCGGGAGCCUGCUGGCCGUGUCGGCCCAGCUGAGUGCCUGCCGCACGGUCCUGCGCCUCUUCGACGACUUCGCCAUGCUCAGCUACAGCUGCGACUACGGGCUGGGACCUAAGGAUGAGGACUGCCUGGUGCGGGGGCUGUCAGUGCUCUGCAACCUCGCCAACCAGCUCUACUACCCCUGUGAACAUGUUGCCUGGGCAGCUGAUGCUGGCAUCGUCCACGUAGGCUCUCGGAAGUGGUGGACUCUGAGCACGGCACUUUGGGCCUCCUCCCUGCUCCUGAGCAUCCUGCGAUCCCUGAGGAUCUUGUUCCAGUUAAGAAGAAAGCUGAGGCAACACAAGUGCAGUGCAUCUUCACCUCGGAGUCAAAAGGAAGUGAAAGCCCAUGUGAAGGCUGAGGUUCUGAGCAUCCUCUCAGCCACAGCAGAUCUCUCCAAUGCAAUCCAUUGGCUGCCUCCAGGAUUCCUUUGGGCUGGACAUUUCCCUCCCUGGUUAGUUGGUCUCCUGGGGACCAUCUCCUCCCUGAUUGGUAUCUACCAAGCAUCUGGAGGAGGAGCUUCUGAAGCCACAUAACCGUAAUUAAGCUUCAGGAAGCCACUUUUUUCGUGGUAAAAAAAGGCUUUGGUGAGGCACUCUCCUGGGUGUUGGUGGCUGUAAUUCCAUGCUUCCUAUAAUUAGGACUGCAAUCAAGAUGUGAGUAACAGAGAGAACUGAUUGCACUCAACAGUUUUUUUGUCACUCUUCAUUGGAGAAAUCUUUCAGCGACACAGAAAAUGAAGACAUUUCCUAGGACUGGUAAAACAGGAGGGUAAAAAGUUACCUCUAUCCUUUCUUCCUCUGUCCUAAAAGACAAAUCCAGUCCUCCAGCUGUCACUUGGAAGACCACAAAGUCAGUGUCAGGUGGAGAAACUGCCAGAGUCUGUCACACAGAACUGAGGGACGGAUCCUGCUGAGUUGCAGCUCAGCACUCAGUGCCUCACCCAAACCAGAGAGUUCACCCUGAGCUGGGGACAUUUUCUGGAACCCAGAGCAGAUGUCCCAGGCACAUCCAGGAGCGAGCAAGUGGUGAUCAGGAAAGAAAUAGCAAUGGUGAGCAGUGCCUGGUGAGGCUUCUGCUCUGUGUUGCUCAUUUAUGGAGAAAUCUUGGGAGCUGAGCCUUCCCGGGAAACGGAGCAGCAGCGCCGAGCCUCCAGCCGUGCCUCUUGGGAAGGCCACCGGGUGGAGCUCUUCCACCGGCCUCCCACAGCUGCUUCUUCAAUGUAUUAAUCACCUUCAAGGACCAGUCAGACCAGUGCCAAGAGGAGUUUUACAGUUCCAUUCCUAGGCGGUGCCAAUAAUAAACGAGAUGAAUGCAUCAAA